GCUGGGAACGUCCGUCAAAGGCGCUGUCCGCAGCCGACCCUCAGAGCAGGCCCAACCAGAUCCAGGAGUCGGUCCGUGCACAGCUUGCGUCGCUCCGACAUGAGAGCAAAACGGACCAAAAGGCAGCUGUGAAGCGUUUGCUCGUUCAGUGGCAUCCGGACCGAAACCCGGAGAGCCAGGAAACUGCGACGGCAAUUUUCCAGUUCAUACAGCAGGAGAAAGACAAGAUGUUGGGACUCUAG